AUGCUCGUGCUACAAUUCGCCGCCAUCGGUCUUCUGACCUCGGGCGCGAAGGCAGGCCAGGCCCGAGGGACCUGGCUGAGCGGAAGCCAGUACACCAAUAAAUGCGGCGACACGACCUGGGAUAUGGGCACCAGCGCCACGUCGCCGCUGGCGAGCGACUGCGAUGCCCUGGUCAAGUGGAUGGAGGGCGGCACGGGCGGCGUCAUGCUGUCGGGCUUGAAGACCGACGGGCCCAACCUCGUCCACCGCGAGGGCAGCUGCUCGUUCAUGGUGACGCCCGAGAGCGCCGGCCCGUUCUACGUCGGCCGCGACGACAUGGCGGACCUGGUGCGCGACUCCGUCGCCCGGUGGGCGAGGGACGGGAGGGUCGGGGGCGGCGGUGCCACGCGGUGUGGGGACAUGUCGAUUACGUGGUCGGUCGGCUAG